AUGGCUGCUAUACUCCCUAGUCUUGAUGGAACACAAAAGAUGGCCACCAAGAAGAACACAAGGAUGACAAGGUCUCUAGGAAUGUUUGGCCUGGGAGGGAUUGGGAAGACUACUCUUGCCCAAGUUCUGUACAAUGAAAAGAAAGUGAAGGAUCACUUUGAACUCAUGGCAUGGGUUUGUGUUUCUGAUGAGUUCGAUAUAUUUAAUAUUAGCAAGACUAUAUUACAAGCUGUAGGAGGAGAGGACAAAAGGUUUGUGGAUCUAAAUCAGCUUCAAGUGGCCCUUACAGAAAGAAUUUCAAAGAAAAGGUUCCUAUUUGUUCUAGACGAUGUUUGGAACGAAGACUACAAGGAGUGGGAACUCCUUCAACGCCCGUUUCUUGUAGGGGGACCUGGAAGUAAAAUUAUUUUGACAACACAAAAGACCAAAGUUGCAUCAAUGAUGGACUCCGUUCAAGCUUACCCUCUAGAGCUUUUGUCAAAUGAAGAAGCUCUAUCUUUAUUUGCUCAACAUGCAUUGGGUAAACAAAACUUCGAUUCACAUCCAACUCUUCAAUUGCAUGGUGAAGGAAUCAUGAUGAAAUGUGGUGGGUUGCCUUUGGCGUUGAUAACACUUGGGAGGGUGUUGAGAACAAAAGCAAAUGAUGAGGAAUGGGAGGAGUUGCUAAAUAGUGAGAUAUGGAAUUUACAUAAUGAAAGUAAGAUUCUUCCGGCUCUAAGACUAAGCUACUAUGAUCUCCCUCCGCAUUUGAAGCAGUUGUUUGCAUAUUGCUCCUUAUUCCCCAAGGACUACAUAUUUGACAAGGAUGAACUAGUGCUGUUGUGGAUGGCAGAAGGGUUUUUGUACAGGUCAAAUGGCAACAUGUCAAUGGAGAAUUUAGGCCGUGAGUGUUUUAAAGAGCUACAGUCAAGGUCGUUUUUUCAACAUUCAAGUAAUCAUAAGUCACAAUAUAUAAUGCAUGACUUGAUAAAUGACUUGGCCACGAGUGUUGCAGGGGAGUUUUUCUUUACUUUGGAUGAUAAGAUGAAUGUUUACGAAAAGAAUGAAGCUCUGCAAAAGUUCCACCAUGUUUCAUUUGUUCGUCAAAAGUAUGGAGUAUACAAAUAUUUCAAAGCAUUACAAAGAUCUAGACGCCUACGUACGUUCUUAGCUGUGCCAGUAAAUUCACGAUAUGGGUUCCACUUAUCAAACAAGGUUCUUUUUGAACUAAUUCCCAAGCUACGGUUCUUAAGGGUGCUAAGCCUGACUUCUUAUUCAAUCAAAGAGGUCCCUCAAUCCAUUGGUAGUCUCAAGCAUAUACGAUACCUUAACUUUUCCAAAACCGACAUCACUUGUUUACCGGAACAAGUUGGUGACCUUUAUAAUCUACAGAGUUUGUUGGUUUCUCAUUGUCUUGAAUUAUCUAGCUUGCCAGACAGUUGUGUGAAGUUAAUAAAUCUACGGCAUCUUGACAUAAGUGAUACUCCAAAGUUGAACAAGAUGCCCUUAGGCAUUGGUGGGUUAACGAGUCUACAAACUCUAUCCAAAGUCAGUAUUGGAAGAGCUAAUGGAUUCAAAGUAUCCGAUCUUAAGGGCCUACCCCAUCUUCAAGGUCGAGUUUCCAUUCAGGGACUGCACACAGUGACAAAUGCAAUACAUGCAAAAGAAGCCAACUUAUUGCAAAAGAAGGGUCUUUGUGAUUUGGAGAUGGAAUGGAGUGAUGUCUUUGAUGGUUCUCGGAAUGAAAUAAUUGAAUAUGGAGUACUUAAGGGACUAAGGCCUUAUGAUAAGUUGAGAAGCCUAAAGAUUUCGUACUACAUGGGAAUAAAAUUUCCUAGUUGGGUUGGGGAUUCAUCAUUUGUUUGCUUAAACCAGCUUACACUACGUGGCUGUAAAAGUUGUACAAGUCUACCAACACUUGGACAUCUACGGUCACUUCAGAAGUUGUUUGUUGAGGACAUGAGUGGGUUGAAGAGGCUGGGUUUGGAGUUACUUGGAGCUUCUAAUUCUUCUCAUGAUAUUGCAUUUCCAUCGCUCGAAGUUUUGAAAUUUAGAGAUAUGCAGGGCUGGGAAAUAUGGUCAACCGAUGGUGGUGAAGGAGAUGGAGUCGCUAGAUCGUAUCCUUGUCUUCGUGAGAUUUCUAUGAUAAAUUGCCCAAAACUCAAUGCAGUGGAAAUUGAGUUAAUACCAUCACUUCGGGUUUUAGAUAUACAAGGAUGUUCUGUAGCCGUGUUAAGAAGCAUGGUUGGUGUGUCUCCAUCAAUUCUUAGGUUGACAAUGGUGAAUGUUGAAGGGCUUACUCAGCUAGAUGAAGAUGUUUUAGAGCAUCUUGGGGCAGUAGAACAAAUAUGGUUCAGAAGUUGUCAUGAUCUUAGAUACUUGUGGGAAUCAGAAUUGGAGGCAUGCAAGAUUCUUGUGAGUUUAUGGGAUUUGAGAGUAGAAUUCUGUCAAAAAUUAGUGUCAUUGGUAGAGAAAGAGGGUGAUUCGGGGAUUAGCUUGAAAUCGCUUAGACAUGUGUAUAUUGACAAUUGUCCGAAACUGAGGAGUUACAAUUGUCCAUAUAGUAUUGAGAAGUUGGUGAUAGACCAUUGUCCGUUAGUUACAUCCUUGACAUUUUCAGCGGUACAUGACCUCACAUCAACUAUGAAGAUUCUUGACAUCAACUCAUCUCAUAAUUUGGAGGUGAGUUGGCUUCUCAACAACUUCUUGUCAUCGCUUGGAUCUCUUUGUAUUAAUAGUGUGGCGAAUGUGAGGUCGUUUCCUGAAGGUUGCUUAGUUCAUCUCACCUCAUUGAUAGUUAGUAACUGUGGUGACAUAGAAUCAAUUCCUGAGAAUGGUUUUGGUUUCCUUCCCGUUCUUUGCCUAAGAUCUCUUCAUAUCCAUAAUUGCAAGAAUCUUAAGUCAUUUCCUCAUGAGCAUUUGCAAAGUCUCUCGUCGCUGGAAAAGCUAUGGAUAAGAGAUUGUCCAAGCAUGGACUACUCAUUUCCUUGUGGUUUGUGGCCUCCUAAUUUAAGUUUCUUGUCAAUAGGAGACUUAAAAAAGCCCAUGUCAGAAUGGGGGCUGCAAAAUUUUCCGACCUCACUUCUUGAAUUGUGUAUAGUGGGCAAGAAUUCAGGAAUCGUUUCAUUUGCAACGACAGAAGAUGUGAGAAGGAAUAGCAACAAUACUACUACUUCAUUAUCUUUGUUUCUUCCGCCAUCUUUAACUUAUCUACGUGUCAAUGGUUUUAUGGAAUUGGAAUCACUUUCAAAGGGCCUACAGCACCUCACCUAUCUGGAAAAAGUUGCGACCUUGUCAUGCCCGAAGCUUCGAGAUCUGCCAGAGACUCUACUUCCUUUACUCUCAUUUUUGUUGGUGAAGUCUUGCCCGAAACUGGAAAAAAGAUGCAGUAAAAAGGAUGCAAUGAAGGACAAACUAAAGCAAGCACAGCAAUGGAUGAAAUUCUAUGCAGACAAGAAGAGGAGUGAAAAGGUUGUUGGAAGUAAGGAACUGGGUAUGCCGUAA